AUGGAGUCACAGGAGGGCCAGCCGCCGGGUAUACGAGAGCCCACAUUUACUGUCGCGCAUCAAAAGGUUGAGCUGGAGAUAAGUUUCAACCAGGAGGUCAUAGGAAGGACAGAGAUCACCAUCUACCCCGACUCUGCCGACCUCAAGGAGAUCGCCCUGCAUGGCCGACAAUGUACGAUCAACAAGGUCUUGGUGAACGGCAUCCCAUCUGCUUCCGUGCAACAUGAUGAUCCUUGUGAUCAGCUCAGAUUACAUGCUCCAGGGUCAGUCCACCAACACCACCUUCUUGCGGAGAAGAUUGCGGGUUCGAUCGGUGCUGAGCCGGAACCCGAUAUUAUCAUCACCCUCCCUAAGAAAGUACGCAUUGUGCCUGUCGAGGUCGCAGAAGUACAUACGCAGGCCGCAGGCACAAUCAAGAUCACAAAUCCGCAAUCUCAGGGCGCAUCCGCCACCGAGGUCACCCAAGCACUAGCAGACACAACAGCAGCACAGUUUACACCUCUGACCGUCGUCAUCGAAUUCGAGUCAUGUCACGCUAGGGAAUCUCUACAAUUUUCGACGGGCCGGCGCGGGAGUGGUCGAUGGCCCCAUGCAUACACUCGAACCAAGAUGGGUGCCGGCGGUGCUUCAUCCCUGUUCCCGUGUGUCGACAAACUCAAUAGUCGUUGUACCUGGGACAUUUCCAUCAAAUGUCCCCGCUCCGUGGGCGACGCCAUCAACCAGGCUAUUUCGUCCGACCCUGCUGCACUCAGCCAGGAUGUUGCAAAUAAUGACCCGGCGCGCCAAAGCUACGAGAGUAUGGAUAUGGUCGUGAUAUGCUCGGGUGAGCUUACAGAUGAGAUCUUGGACAAACACGACCCAUCCCUGAAGACCGUCGCAUUUUCCUGCUCUCAGCAACUGGCCCCACAACAAAUCGGGUUCGCAAUUGGACCGUUCGAGCUGGUCAACUUGAGUGAGCUCCGAGAUGCACAGCAAGUAGAGGACAUUGGUCGCAAUGCAGUCGAAGUCUUGGCAUAUUGUUUGCCAGGCCGAGCAGAGGAGACUAAGAAUACUUGCUUACCCACGACUAUGGCCAUGGACUACGUUGUACAGAAGUACAUCUCUUGUCCCGUCAAAUCUUACGCCAUGUGCUUCGUCGAGGACGCACCAGCUGAAACAUUCGUCUUCGCAGGCGUAGCAGUCUGCAGCACUCGACUACUGUAUCCGGAAGAAGUCAUUGACCCAGCACAAGAUGUCACUCGGACCUUGGUACACGCUAUUGUAUCCCAAUGGAUCGGCGUCAACAUCAUCGCGGCCAAUCCCCAAGACAAUUGGGUCAUAAUUGGAGGUGCUCAUUUCAUCACGAAUCUCUUCAUGAGAGAACUUUCGGGGAACAACGAGUACCGUGCUUACAUUAAACGCCAGGCUGAUACUGUCGUGGAGUUGGACUUCAAUCGCCCCUCGAUCUACGACAUGGGCGCCAUGUUUCAUGUUGACCCGUCAGCAUACGGUUUCAUCGCCAUGAAAGCUCCCGUAGUACUGUUCAUUCUAGAUCGCCGCAUCGCAAAAAGAGAAGGCACUUCCAAAAUGCCCGGUAUCCUGGGAAAGAUUCUCACGAGAGCUCGAACAGGGGACCUUGAAAACAACGCCCUCUCGACCGAACUGUUCCAGAAGACCACGGAACGCAUGGGUCACGAGAAGAUAGAUGACUUUCUUGGACAGUGGGUCAAGGGGGCCGGCUGCCCUCGCUUUUUCGCCCGACAGAGAUUCAACAAGAAGAAACUCGUGGUAGAGAUGACCAUUCAGCAAGAACAAGGCGAUCGACAAACUUCACGGGAUCUGAAUCCCGAAUCCUUCAUGCGGGAAGUUCACGAGGACUUUCAUGGCAUUUGGGCUGCAGAGCCUCAGCAGGUGUUCACUGGCCCCAUGACGAUACGGAUUCAUGAGGCAGACGGCACUCCAUACGAGCACAUUGUGCAGAUAAAGGACCCCAGUACCACCUUCGAAGUACCGUACAAUACAAAAUACAAACGUCUCAAAAGGAGCAAGAAGCAGAGAGCUCGAGCGAGUACUAGAGCUGCAGCUGAGCAAGUGGACGAGGAGAACGACGCCCUGGUCUAUUGUCUAGGCGAUGUACUACAGACUGAGGAGGAAAUUGCAAAGUGGAGAAUCCAAGAGUGGACUCAGGAGGAAGAAGACAAAAUGAACAUGGAGUCCUACGAAUGGAUCCGGCUGGACGCCGACUUCGAAUGGAUUUGCACAGUGAAUCUCGCCAUGCCGGGAUACAUGUACGUGUCCCAACUACAGCAAGAUCGAGAUGUUGUGGCGCAUCUCGAGUCGAUCCGGACCAUUUCAAGAUUUCCACCUCAUGCGACCAUGUCCUCCGUUAUUGUCCGCACGUUGAUGGAUCGCCGGUAUUUCCAUGGUGUUCGAGCACUCGCAGCUAAAGCCCUGGUCAGACAUGCGGCAGAAGAAGUCAGCAAUAUCGGAUUCUACCAUCUGAAGAAAGCCUUUGAAGAGCUGUUCUGUGUUACCGAUCGCGGUUCGACCAUGACUCGACCCAACGAUUUCUCGGACCAACUGUUAUACAUGGUGCAGUGCGAGAUCGUGGAAGCGAUUGCCAAAGUCCGCGACCGCCGGGGACAUACACCUAAAGAGGUCAGAGAUUUCUUGCUCGAUAAGUUAAAAUUCAACGACAACUCGGUGAACGAUUACUCUGAUGCGCACUACGUUGCUCGAUUGAUGAAAGCAUUGACCGAAGCGGCUAUCGCGCGACCCCAUUACACUGAGCGGGAUGUGAUCGGAGACUUCGACCUCGAAGAUGAAGUGCACGAGCUGAAGCAGUUUGAACGCCAGUUUCUGGAGGAGAUCGACCGUUACCGUAGAAUGGAUGAGUGGACAUCAUCCUACCAAAACCUGUACUCUCGCACUGCUUUGGAGUGUCAGGCCAUGCUUGCGGCUUCAGGGAUCGGAACAUUCUCACCGCUGCACUUCCUACAGUAUACCAGGCCAGGCAAUUACGACAUGUUGCGCCAAACGGCGUAUGCAACUCUUCUGACACCCAAAAUCUUCGAUGAUCCGGCAGUUUUGCGGUAUGCGCUAUACUGCAUGGUGGCUGACCCGUCUCCAUAUAUCCGUCAAAGCCUACAACGGGGCUUUGGCGUCGUGCUUGGUCGGCGAGCUAUCGGCGACAAGAGCACGGCCACUCGGCCCGCCGCCGCUGAAGGUCUCGUCAUCGAAGGCGCAUCGAUCGAGGAAGACGAUGCAUCGAAACGACAGGAGGAACUGGCCAGGCGACAGAACUUGGAAGCCGCGGUGAAAGCGUUGAAGAAUGAACUCGGCGCGCAUAAAGCCCUUCAAACAGCACUUUGGAAUGCGGUCUGCUACAAUCAGAUCAUACUGGAGGAUUUGCAGAUCUUACUAGACUUCUGCCGCUUGUUCUACGAUCCUGUCAACGAGAUGAAGGUCACACUGAGGCUGCCUCGCUACUGGAAGGUGCAGAGCUUAGGCAAGGGCAAGCUCAAAUUCUCGGAAACCCGCAAAGUCCGCGUGAAACCCGUGCCAAAAUGGCACCCGCUGGCGCCUCCCGUGGCCAUACCGCAACCACCAGCGCAAGCACGGCCUACCAUUCCGAACCUGAAGCUGAAGUUGAACCUCAACAAGAACACCAGUGGAAUGAAUCCACAGCCGAGCAUUUCACUAAAUAAUCCGAGUCCCACACCGCCUCCACCAAGUGCCCAACCGGCACCAGCGAGACCGUCGAGUUUUUCGACACAGCAGGGCCAACAGGUACAAACGCCGGUGGCAGAGCUUCAGAGAAGGAUUACGUUGAAGAUCCCGACUUUGAAGCUGAAUAAGGGUCCGCCGCAGGGUGGUCCUUCAUCUUGA